GUCUUUACGGAAGCCGGUCCCCACAACAUUAGACAACAUGGCAACUGCUGCGCAGUGUCCCGGCGGUGCGGAGGAGGAUUUAACGGAAAGCCAGGAGAGUUCAGGGGCGGGGAAAGACAGCGGUACACCGGGAGCUGCUGCCCGGGACAAGCCCGUGUGCCUGAUCGUGCUGGGCAUGGCGGGCUCCGGGAAAACAACCUUCGUUCAGAGGCUGACUGCUCACCUUCACUCUCGUAAAGCUCCUCCUUAUGUCAUCAACCUGGACCCCGCCGUCCUCGAAGUCCCCUUCCCUGCGAACAUCGACAUCCGGGACACCGUGAACUACAAGCAGGUGAUGAAGCAGUAUGGCCUCGGACCCAACGGAGGCAUCGUGACGUCCCUCAACCUGUUUGCUACACGCUUUGAUCAGGUGAUGCAGUUCCUAGAGAAGAAGCAGCAGAAUCACCGGUACGUGUUGAUUGACACCCCGGGUCAGAUUGAAGUCUUCACCUGGUCAGCGUCAGGAACCAUCAUCACAGAGACUCUGGCCUCGUCCUUCCCCUGUGUCGUGAUCUACGUGAUGGACACGUCCCGCAGCGUCAGUCCCGUCACAUUCAUGUCCAACAUGCUGUAUGCCUGCAGGUACACACAGAACUAA